AUGAAGAUAAUGAUAUUUUUUCUUCUUGUAUCAAUUAUUAUCAAUUCAAUUCAAUCACAAACAUGGACUGGUACUUACACACCUGAUUCGUUAUGCAACACGGCAAGCUGCUGUUGUUUGAGUGACAAGGCAGUCAUAACAAGUUCAUCAGCAAAUACGUAUACUGUUCUAUCCGGGGCGAGUGGCGCAUGUGGCGGUGCUACGACAUUCACUGGUAUUCUCUAUACAAACGGCUAUACGGGCUGGAUGGUGGUAGGCGUUGAUAAUGAUACAACAUCCAGCAUGCAGUGGUAA